CAAAAUUUUCAGCAGAUUCUCUAUAUAUCGCUUUAAACAUGAAGAUCUUUUAUAUUUCCUCAUUUCUUGCCGGGCUCACUUCCGCGGCCACCACGACAUUAGGCAGUAUCUACUACGAACAGUGGUUUAACUCUGACUGCAGCGGCCAAGCAUUUCUUACAGGUUCUCUGACCGAUGGAUUCUGUACCGUCUUUGAGAAUUUCCCCGGCGAAAGCAUUUUGUUAACUCAGACAACCCCUUGUCCUGCCGGCACGUCGCCACAGAUUACAGUUUCCACGACCAAUGACUGCGAUAGUCAGCCUGACUGGACGUUUGACACCAUAGGACACUGUAUUGAAGUCUCUAUCCAGCCACAGGCAAUCCAUCUGAAUUGCGUCUGAUUGGGAAUGAGCAUACACCUGCUGAUGCGGAAAUUGUGAGGCAUGAGGAAAUGCUGCGAAUUUUAUCCAUAGCGAGCGUAUAUAAAAUAUGUAAAGCGAGAUUGGUUUCGUAUUGGUAUAAGCCUCACGAGAAAUUAAGAUAGAGAAUUUGAAAAUGGUAUAUGGCCGC